UUCAAUCAUUUACAAUUUUUUUUUUUAAUAUUUAGAUACAAUAAAGUACGAAGAAAUAUCACUAAACCAGUAACUAAUUGGUGGAAAUGAAUUUCCCACAUGUGACAAAAAACCGUCACCUAAAAAUACAUUGCAAAGACAAGUCAGUGUGAAGUAGCUACGACCAUAACCAAAAAAAGGUGGCCCAAAAUUUUCGGACUCCCUCAAAGUCCUACAUUUGUCCCCAACGGUCUCUCUCUAACAACACACUUGAAAAUACAGAAACCAUCCCCCGUCGAUUUCGCUCCUCUCCCCAAUCUCUUCCUUUUUACUUAGUCUCUCUUCUCUACUUCCAGCAAAUCCGCACAUUACCAGACCUUUUCAGAUCCCCAAAAACCAAAACCAAAACCACAACCAUGUUGCUUCUCAUACCCACAUUCUUCUUCACCAUCACCAUCUUCCUCACAUCCUUCUUCUUCCUCAUUCUUCUUCUCCAUCAUUACCGCCACCUUUGCAAUAUUCAUCUCUCCAACUCAUUUCUAAGCUUUCGAUGGCUACAUUUGCCACAUUGGUUUGAACCACCACCGCAACGAAGCCGACGACACUUACUUGGUUCAGACAACAUAAUGACCCUUAAGGGUGCCACCAGCCAGGCCUGUGCUGCAUGCAAAUACCAAAGAAGAAAGUGCACGCCAGAGUGCCCUUUAGCUCCUUAUUUCCCACCAGACCAACCAAAAAUGUUUCAAAAUGCACACAAGCUUUUCGGGGUCUGCAACAUCUUGAAGAUACUUAAAAGUGUCGACCCCUGUCUCAAGUUUGAGACCAUGAAGUCCAUCAUCUACCAAGCCAACAUUCGAGACAAGUUUCCGGUCUACGGCUGUUGGGAGGUGAUCUGGCAAUUACAGUACCAGAUUAUGGUUGCGGAGCAGGAGCUUCAAAAUGUUCAUAAACAGCUUGCAUUGUACAGACAACAUCACUACCAGCAGCAGCAGCAGAUUUCAUCUAUGCAAGAUUAUGUGACCUCACAAUUAGAAUUGGGCAUGGCACCACCAAAUAAUAAUAAUACCAUCUCACUUUUACAUCAUAGUACUCCACAAUCUUAUGAUAACAAUAAUACUGCCAUACCUCAUGCUUUGCCUGUAACACAACAGCAGCAGCAGCAGCAGCCUUACUCUCAUCGAAGCGACGAUGCUUACACUUGUGCUUAUGACAUUGACUCCAAGGAGAAUAUUACCGGGGAGAAUGUUUUGUGGGCCCAAAAUCCUUUCACUAACAACAACAGCAGUAUCAAUGAGAACAACGAUAAUGCAGAGACAGUUCAAUCCCAGUUCGGAGUUUCGCAGAGACUAGCUAUUGAAUCAGAAGAUGUUCAAGAUUACGAUGAGCUGCACCCAUUUUUCGAUACCAUAGAUGAUAGACAGUCAUACAUUGAUUCCAAAGAGGCUUAUGAUUCAAGCAGUUCGGAAGAAUCUUUUAAGGACACAACACAAUUAUCGAUGGAUCAUGCGGCGGAGAACACAUUGAAGAGUGCUGCAGCAUGCUUCAGUCUUACCAGCGUCAAGUUAUCAGUAAGCUAGAAAAAACCAUUUUGGCUC